UUUCCCCGGGGCAGUAAACUUGCCGGGAUCAGAAAGAAAUCGAUUAAACCUAAGCCGUGUGCGGUGCACAUCUCAGGGCACCUGGACGCAUGAAAACUCCAAAGGACUUUUCUGAAACGGAGGUUAUGCCUCCCAGGUCUCUUGCCAACUUUUCUCUGACCACGGGCGCCAAUCACAGUGACUUCAUUAUGGGGUUGUCAGAGAGGGAUCUCCCGAUGCUUCCUGACGGGACCACUGCGGAGUUAGUAGUCCGCUGUGUUAUCCCAUCCCUCUACCUGCUCAUCAUCACGGUGGGCUUGUUGGGCAACAUCAUACUGGUGAAAAUCUUCAUCACCAACAGCGCCAUGAGGAGUGUCCCCAACAUCUUCAUCUCUAACCUGGCCGCAGGGGACGUGUUGCUGCUGCUCACCUGUGUCCCGGUGGACGCCUCUCGCUACUUCUUUGAUGAGUGGAUAUUUGGGGAGGUGGGCUGCAAACUGAUACCAGUCAUCCAACUCACCUCCGUGGGGGUUUCUGUGUUCACUCUCACGGCCCUCAGCGCGGACAGGUACAGAGCGAUUGUAAACCCCAUGGACAUCCAGACCUCGGGGGCAGUGAUGUGGACCUGUAUGAAGGCCGUGGCUAUUUGGGUAGUGUCUGUGCUGUUGGCAGUUCCUGAAGCCGUGUUUUCUGAAGUGACUCAAAUUGGAAGCCUAGAAAAUGGCAGCUUCACAGCAUGCAUCCCCUACCCUCAGACAGAUGAGUUACACCCAAAGAUUCACUCAGUGCUUAUCUUCUUGGUCUAUUUCCUUAUACCACUUGUUGUUAUUAGUGUUUAUUAUUAUCAUAUAGCAAAGACCUUAAUUAAAAGUGUACACAAUCUUCCUGGAGAAUACAAUGAGCAUACCAAAAAACAGAUGGAGACACGGAAACGCCUGGCUAAAAUUGUGCUGGUCUUCGUGGGCUGCUUUGUCUUCUGCUGGUUUCCAAAUCACAUCCUCUACAUGUACCGGUCUUUCAACUAUAAGGAGAUUGACCCAUCGCUGGGCCAUAUGAUUGUCACCUUGGUUGCCCGGGUUCUGAGCUUUUGUAAUUCUUGUGUCAAUCCAUUUGCUCUUUAUCUACUCAGUGAAAGCUUCAGGAGGCAUUUCAACAGCCAGCUUUGCUGUGGGAGGAAGUCCUAUCGAGAGAGAUCCACCAGCUACUUAUUCAGUUCUUCUGCUGUUAGGAUGACAUCUCUGAAAAGUAAUGCUAAGAACAUGGUGACCAAUUCAACUUUACUAAAUGGGCACAGUAUGAAACAGGAAAUAGCACUGUGAUUUGGAUCAUUCAAUUCACUUCCUGGAAAGAACU